UCUAAAAAGUUUUAAUUUGCAGACCAAGUUUUAACAAUAUCUAAAUUUCAGUAAAAUCAAAUUUUAAGUAAAACCCGAACUUUCCAACGCCUUACUAGUUGUUAUUGGCCAUGGAUGACUUUGAUUUUAGCAGCCCGCCGCCAGAGGUGCGAACCAUUCAUACGCACACCCUGGAUGACGAGCAGCUCAAGGAUUGUGAGGCGGCCUUCGCCCUUUUCGACGACGAAAAUACCAAGGUCAUCCCUAUUAAGUACCUAAGGGAUUGCUUAAAGGCCGUGGCCCACACCCCACCGGAAAACGAGCUGCAGGACUAUAUCACCGAAAUCGACACGGAUGGAUCGGGCGAGCUGUAUCUCAGCGAUUUCCUCUGGAUCAUGUCGAAGCGGUACGAGAAUUCGACCAUCGAAGAUGAGGUUAUCCUGGCCUUCAGGGUCUUUGACAAAGAUGGAUCUGGUUUUAUACACGAGACGGAAUUCCGUCAGAUAAUGACCGACUUGGGUGAUGAGAUGGAGGAGGAUGAGAUUGAGGAAAUGAUUCGCGACGCAGACGCCAAUACGGAACUGAAAAUUGACUAUGUUCGAUUUGUAACCAUGAUGAUGGAGACGUAACACUCUCUUGAGGUGUUUUAUGGAACGAAUCUGCAGAACUGGCAAAUGGAUACUAUAAUUUUAUCAACUUGAAUGUUUUUAUGAUCCAUGAUCAUCUGGAAUGUGGACUUGAAAAUAACUUUCUUGGCGGGACCUACAUUAUCGGAUUAAGCAUUAUACUUGCCUUUAAUAAUUAUUUAAGCUUGUAAA